GUUGAAGCUGUAACCACAAUAUACUGAAUCUCGUAGGAGGCAAGCUCAUGCAAGCGCUACACUUAUAUGUGGUCCUCCCCCUUGCGAAGAGUCAUGGGUAGCCAUGAACAGCGAGGGGAAGUAUUUUUUCCAUCGCUCAUAGUGGCGGUGCGCCUAUUCAACACCUACCUUCUACCACCAUGUCACUGUAGAUCCAUGAGCACAGUCUUUCCCUCACACUCUACUACAUUGAUCAUGAUUCCUCGAAUAACACACAAGACCUAAAUCUCGAAGCAAACAUGUUCGGAGAAUCUGAUUCGGAAAGCCCGCGCGUUCCCAGUCCCUGGGACACCAUUAUCUCAACUCCACCAUCGCCCUCGCCCAGUCCACUAAACAUCCCGCGACUCGUACCAGAGUCUGACGAGGGUAAUAUCGAGUACAAGCUCCAGCUCCUUGACCCAUCACCUGCACGGUUCGCGCGCCUCGUCACACAAAUGAAGUGGCGUCUUCUCGAGGGCGGCGGACAGGCCUACUAUGAGCUGGGCGUGGCAGACUCAGGCAUGCUCGUUGGUUUGCCGCGGAAUGAGCUCGAGCAGAGUUUGGAAACGCUGGAGAUGAUGGCUGGGGAAAUAGGCGCCAGUGUCAUUGUUGUGAAAGAGAUCGAAGUUCCCGCCGCCAUUGCUGGCUACGUGUCGGCUCAGUCAAACUCGCUCAAUGGGAAGCGUUUGCAAAAACGGCCAGGCUUGCUGAUGAGUUCUGAGGACGAUUCGAAUACUACGACAGCAACCGACUUCUCAGUCACGGACGCUGAAGAAUUUGAAGGGAUGGGAAUGUUUUCGAUGGACGAUGUUGAGGAUGAGGACGCCUUAGUCGCGGUUCCUCCAAUACGGUUUUCUGUGGACCUGGAAAUCGCUUCUGUCUUCAAACCGCGUCCAAUGCGUGCUCGAGCGCAUGUGCAGCCUGAGAUGCCUCUUUCCUCCCCAAAAAAGACCAAGCGCACGAAAGGAAAGAAGGGCCCACAUCUUCCGGAUCAGCUCAAUUCCUUCGCGAAGGCUGUCGCUGCCGAAUUGAAUGCCAGUAGACCGGAAGACCAGCAAUUCCCUAACAAGGCGCAUAGUCGACGUGUUGCGCGUGAUCGUCGACGCGAGGAACGGAAGAAAGCUUUGAUGCAGUAUGAACAAGCUGAUGUAUCCCACUCACUGGUGUCAAGUCUUGGAGCUUUACAGAUCACAAUGGACCCUGCAACAGCUGAAACCAAUUCACACGAGCAGACUAUCGCUCCAGAUUUUGACACCUCUCUUCCGACAGUCGAAGUCACCACUACUGAUGAAGCUGUCCCCAAAGCCGAGCUAGUCGCGGACAACUACGACGAUGACGAUGACGACGUUUUCCCGUCUCCUGUAGUCGCAACCCCGGGCGUUUUCACUUCCUUGGCCUCCUCCACGCUCGCUGUGCCUGUCACUCCGAACGAUUCAAACAUAGAUUCCACCCAGGUACGAUUGAUAGUGGAAGCACUCGUCGUCCGCAAGAUGUCCAUCGAAGAGGCUUUCUUGGAUUUCGGAGGGUUUUCGCCGAUGUGAAUUCAUAGCGGACCUCCACGAACUGCCUUGUUACAUAGGUCUCAUAUGUAUACACAUCAGAUCGUAUCCUGAUUCUCCUUCUCUCGUUUCUGUAUCCUGGUAGUUGGCUGAUCCCGGACUUGUUGGGUAGACAAUUAGAUGAGGUGUUUAUUUGAAAUGCUCAGUGAACAGACUCA